AUGAGUAUUAUCGAGCCUAAGCAGACCUCGGUCCGAAAGGGCACUUCAUGCGUCUCUGAAGUGGAAUGGAAUGAGUGGAAAGAUCUCGUGUGGAAAGAGUAUAUGAUCAAUGACUGUUCACUCAAGGAUAUGGUCGAGAUCCUUAAACGGCGGAAUCCCCAGGUAACGCUAGCACAACUUCGCACUAGACUUAAUCAUUGGGGGUUCCAAAAAAGCUUAAGUGCCGAGAAUUGGAGAUAUGUUGAACAUACAAUUCAGAAGAGGAAACACCAUGGGAAAGACUCGGUUGUGAUUCUAUCUGGAGUACGCCUCGCACAAGAGAAGGUGAAGACCCAGACAGACCGUCACAGGGCUGUUACCCUUCGGAACAAAUGGAUGCUCCCUCCGAGCCCAGAACCUCCUGAUGAAGGCACUCCCCUCUCCAUUUGCACUCCUCGAGCCACCUCGCCUAUCCUAUUCUCACAGCACGAGUGGCCCAAGAGCCUACCAUGGCUCCAGUUUAGUGAAUCCAUACUACCACAGUUGAUGGCAGGCUUGCAAUUAUUACCAGGCAGCGAGAGGCGAGGAAGGGUCGUGGAAUCUGCUGAGAAGCAGAUACGGCCCAAUAAAAGGCAACGAUCAAACGUAUCAGUCGCAUUGGCAGCUUUUGAAAGGCUUAUAAGAAGGAGCAUGGAGAUCGUUAUAGGUUCGGAAGAGCUCACAUAUAACCUUCUAUUGACUAAGAGUGUCGACCAUAUCGCGGGUCGCCUUGAUCAUGCUAUCCCAUCUUUAUAUCCCGGCGAGAAUCUUAGACGAGCCACGGUCCUAGUCGGCGGCGCACAGCGUGAAGUGCAAAAAGAAACCAUAAGAAUCCUUCUUUUUAUUGCAUCAAAUCAUCUGAUUAUGGACUAUGACAAAUUGAAUCCGACGCCGUAUAUUGAGGAUGCUCGGGCUUUCGUCAAUGGUUGUCAGCUUUCUGGCCUCACCGAACCCCAUACUCUAGCUAAGCUUGUCCGAAUAUCGCAUGAUAGCCCAACAAUGACAGCAGUGAUUGAUCUCCUAUAUGAGGCGGCAGUCAAUACAGAAGCAGUUGAUCUCGUUUUCAGACUGUUUACGGCUGACGACCGCAUCAGACCUAGCAGGGCCGUUGGUCGAAGUUGGUGGAUAGCUCGCGACUCCUGGGGAGAACCCGACGUCUGGUCAGCACUAGAAUUUUCUCUUUUUAGGGGCUCUCUAGAAUUUGCGGAUCGCCUGCUUAAUUGCCCGAGUGUAGCUGCCAAUGCCUACGGGUAUUACAAUUCCAAGUAUUCGCCUCUAAUGCUUGCAACACUUGCCAGACCGGACGAUGUGUCUGUUCGACUGAUCCGGCUCCUGUUUAAGAAGGGUGUAGUUAUAGACGAACGCGAGAUACAAGCCGCAUUACUCAUAGCCACUAGGAAAGGAAGCGUCCAAUUAAUCGAUCUUCUACACGAGGCGGGAGCGGACUUUACAUUCAGCAUUCCAACCGAGGAGUUAAGAUAUCCAAUUUUCCGGAACCACUCUCAUGGGCCAUGCACGACAUAUGAGUUCUUCCGACAACUAGACUACGUUCAGUGCCUUGGAUUGGCUUGUUCGUACGCAGCCGAGGACAUGACUUGGCACACGAACUCGCUCAAUGAGAGCACAGAUGAUGAACAGACCUCUUUGAAUUUAGUCAAACAUAUUAUCAUGCUAGCCGGACCAGAGUUUGACAUGGACGGGAAACUCAAAUCCGACGCAAUAAUGCAUGCCGCCAUGCGUGGAUACACUGAAGUCAUUUCAUUCCUGUACCAAACUGGGGGACGGGAGGAUCUGAAAAAUCAUUGGGUCUCUCCUAUCUACGCCGCCGUAGAUUGGGAUCAAGUUGAAUCUUGCCGACUACUUUUGGAGCUCGGGUAUUCUGCCGAGCCCGAGUACCGUUUCGUUCAUUGGACAUCGGAAAACCCAAAUAUUCUUCUAUCACCCAUGCACAUUGCCGUGGCCUAUAACUCUUACGGGCUGGUAGAACUCUUAGCCCAGGCCGGUUCGAACAUUGAUACCCAGGUUUCAUUCCGUCUAUCCAUCCCUGAAUACCGUAUCGGGCGUGGAUUCUUCAUGUUCCUAAUAAAUAAGGGGGUGAGCAAAAGAAAUAUGUCGCCGCUGGACUUAGCAAUUUACUUGGGCUUCUGGAAAGUCGCAUUUUUUCUUAUUGAAAUGGGGGUUACCUUUACCAAUGAUAACCUAUUCGAAGCAGCACGGUUGGAACAGUAUGAAUUAGCCGGCCGGUUUCUUGAACUGGGAGGAGACCCGAACAGGGCUGUUAAAAACGGCGAGAGUGCACUUUUAGUCUCGGUACGCAAUAGACAUGAAUCAAUUGCAUUAAAACUAAUAGAAUCGGGCUCAACCAUUACGGACAAUAUUUUAACCCUUGCAUUACAGCAUGGUUUAGACCAGACUGCUGUAAAAGUAGCUGAGACAGGAGUCAAGCUACCGGGAUCAGAACUUGCCUGCGCCCCCCGGAGUCCCAGUUUAUUACGGCUACGAGAUUUUCUUCGAUCCCAAAUUUCUGAUAUUCUCAUCAGUCGGCACGGUUCGGAUGGAAGAAGUUUCUUAGAAAACGCCUUAUUGAGCGGCGAUAUAGGAGUGGUUAAUUUUGCGCUCUCGCUCGACAUCUCUAUGUAUGAUUCUGGAACAUUAUGUGCUGCUGUUCUAACCGCUAUCGAAUCCCCUCUAAUUGGCAUGGACGAAAUCUUAAUAGAAAUUUUCCGGAGGCGAGGAUUUAUAAGCCCACAAACUUACCACAAACGAAUGGACAUUAUCGCGAAGUUUCAGAGAGUUAACGCGUCUGAGACGGGCGUUGCGAUAUUGCCUGGGAAGUCGUUUUGGGAUUGGGCACGAGGCAGUUUCUGUUACUGGCCUGCGAAAGAGAAGACAAGUUCAUUUGAUAGCUUACUCUUGGCAAACGAGUUCGAUGUCUCUAUCUUUGCUAAUAAGGAAUGCGAUAUUUCCUUAAAGAAAUGGGAUAGUUGGCAUGAUCCGGAAAGAAUGUUGGUGUCUCCCCUCUUUUACGCAAUAAAGGGCCACGACGAAUCCAUUUUGAAAGCCCUACUAGAUAUUGGGUAUAGAGCCGAUGUAUAUUCGCUCAAUACUGCUAUCUAUCAGGGCACCUCCCUUGACAUGAUCAGGAGAUUGAUGGAGGAAUGUACGGAUAUUGAUGGCUGUGAAAUUACUCAUUUAAUUCACGCUAUGCCACCGAUAUACAUAGCUGCUGCGACAGGGAAUUAUAACCUAGUGGGUAUCUUAUUGGGCGUAGGGGUCAAUCUCAAUAGCGGACUCUGGCAGGUGCGUGAGUAUACGCUUCGUAUACUUAUUAGGACUGGGAGAUUUGACAUUCUUGAUGCAUUAUUCGAACAUGGUAUCGAUAUUAAACAUACACCACGCACCAGAAAAUGUGCGAUGACGGCCUUGCAAUAUGCUCCCUGGAAGGGUAAUCCCGGUAUCGUGCGCCGUCUUCUCGAGUAUGGCGCUGACCCAGACGCCCCGCGAGCCAUCAUGUCUGGACGUACCGCUAUAGAACUAGCCGCAAGACACGGCCACCUAGAUGUAAUUAAUCUCCUAUUAGACUGGGGUGUUACAACAGAAGGCCGUGGCCAAUUCCAAUACAUCUUAGCGGUAUUUUGGGCGGCGGGAGAGGGCCAUUUAGCUAUUGUAGAAUACCUUAAGUCUUAUCGACCAUGGACGGAGAGCGACUGGGGAGUUCUUCGGGCAAUCGAAGAAGCUACCAAAGAAGCACAAUUCGGAGGUGAAAACGUGUUAUUUAUGGGCUGGAAAGAACGCACGGAAGACGAAAAAGUUGGGAUAUUGGCUUGCAUUCAUGAGCUCAUCGAAGAAUAUGGGUACUUAAAAUUAAUAAUUCAAGUGGGACCUUGCGCUUUGGAUAAAGCGGAGGCGAGGAAUAGUGAGGAGGUAGAUCAAAGGAUUCGUCCCUUAUUAGUACCCGAUGGAGACAUGGGCGAAACCCGGAUCCAAGCUGAACCCGUUCCCAGCCAGGUGGGAGAACCUGAAGAUGACUUAUGUCACGAUCGAGCCGACUUCGUGACUGAGGCGGACCUACAAAUACUACAAAGUCGCGAAUCUAGUAUUAAAGAGGGCGCCGAGGUUACGGUAGGGUAUGCUCAAGAAAUCCAUCUAGGGUCUCGCGACGAGGCGGGAGAGCAGAAAGAUAGGAGUCAGCAAAUACUAGAAGAUAUGCUUGGAGAGAGGGAAAUGCCGUUUCAGGCUAUUGAAUGGGAAUGGUAA